UCCGGGCACCCGCGGCCCAGACGCCGGGGACGUGCCGCGGCUGCCUCCGCCCCUCAGCUCUGUCCGCUUCCUGCCGGGCGGCGACACAGGCACCUGAGUGGCGGCGGCGACGGCGGCGGCGCGUCGGGACUGGGCUUCCCCCUUCGCUCACGAGCUUCGGGACCAGCCUCAGCUCCUUCAGCCUCCGCCCCUUUUCCCUUUCACCGGUCCCGCGGCCGCCGCGCACGGUUUUAUAGGACAUUACGAAGCACCAUGGAGUUUUACGAGUCAACGUAUUUUAUCAUCCUUAUUCCUUCGGUAGUUAUUACAGCAAUUUUCCUCUUCUUCUGGCUUUUCAUGAAAGAAACAUUAUAUGAUGAAGUUCUUGCAAAACAGAAAAGAGAACAAAAACUUCUGCCCACAAAGACUGAUAAAAAAAAGGCAGAAAAGAAAAAGAACAAAAAGAAAGAAACUCAGAAUGGGAAUCUUCACGAAUCUGAUUCUGAGAAUGUUUCCCGGGACUUUAAAGUAACUGAUGCUUUGAAUAUAGAGGAUGAGCAAGUAGCACCUGUUCAAUUGAGUGUUGUUGAAGCUUCAAGUGGUGUUAGAGAGCGGAAGAAAAAAGAAAAGAAACACAAGUCUGUGCAGGAGGAACAGGUUGCCAAAGAAAAUGAUGGAUCAAAGAGCCCAGGCAAAAAAGUUGAACCAAUUCCAAUUACCAAACAGCCCACACCACCCUCUGAAGCUUCAAGUUCAAAGAAGAAACCAGGGCAAAAAAAGCCUAAAAAUGGAAUCGAUGACCAGGAUAAAAAGACUGAAGUAGUUUUAUCACCUACCAAAAAACAAGAACCAUUACCCCUUCACCAGGAGACUAAAGAGAGUGCAACAGGAAAAAAGAAAAAUUCUUCGAAGAAACAAAAAACAGAUAAUGCAGUGGUGGAUGAACCUCCAAGUCACUCAAGUUCUUAUACUUCUCUGAUGGAUAACUCUGACCCUAAUCCUGCAGCAGAUAAGAGAGAAUUGAUUGAUCUUGUUAAAGGUGAUCAAGCAGAAGGGAAUCAAAAAACAGGAGCUAAAAAACUGAAAAAUGAAACUGAUAAAGAAAAUGCAGAGGUAAAAUUUAAGGAUUUUCUUCUCUCCCUGAAGACUAUGAUAUUCUCUGAAACGGAAGCGCUUUGUGUAGUAGACUUGCUAAAGGAGAAGUCUGGUACUAUACAAGAUGCUUUAAAGAAGUCUAGUAAAAGUGAAGUAGCUGCAGUUUUACACCAGCUUCAAGAAAAAGAGAAGUUACUUGCUGCUGUAAGAGAAGAUGCUGUUAUUGCAAAGGAUCAGUGCAAGCAGUUAGCUCAGGAGAUGAUGACAGAGAAGGACAGAAGUGGCAUGGUUAUAACAAGGAUGAAAGAACGGAUUGGUACGCUAGAAAAGGAACUUAAUGUUUUACAGAACAAAAUACAUGUUGGGUAUCAGGAAGCUCAACAGAUGCAAAUGAAGUUUCAGAAAGUUCGUGAGCAAAUGGAAGCAGAAAUUACCCACUUGAAGCAGGAAAAUGGUAUUCUGAGGGAUGCGGUCAGCAAUACGACUAAUCAGAUUGAAAGCAAGCAGUCUUCUGAAUUGAACAAGCUCCGCCAGGAUUGUACAAGAUUGGUGAAUGAAUUGAAAGAGAAAACAGGAAAGUUGCAGCAGGAGGAAAUUCAGAAAAAGAAUGCUGAGCAAGCAGUUGCUCAGUUGAAGGUUCAACUACAAGAAGCUGAGAGAAGGUGGGAAGAAGUCCAGAGCUAUAUCAGGAAAAGAACAUCGGAGCAUGAAGCAGCACAAGAUUUACAGAAUAAAUAUGUGGCCAAGGAGAAUGAAGUCCAGGGCCUGCAUAGUAAGCUUACAGAUACCUUGGUAUCAAAACAACAGUUGGAAAAAAGAUUAAUGCAGCUAAUGGAAUCUGAACAAAAGAGGGUUAAAAAAGAAGAUUCUCUUCAAAUGCAAGCACAGGAUCUUCUGGAGCAAAAUGAGGCUUUGAAAGCUCAGAUUCAGCAAUUUCAUACUGAGAUGGCAGCCCAGACCUCAGCUUCAGUCCUAGCAGAAGAAUUACAUAAAGUGAUUGCAGAAAAGGAUAAACAGAUAAAACAGACAGAAGAUUCCUUAGCAAAUGAACACGAUCUUUUAACAAGCAAAGAAGAGGAGCUUAAGGUUAUCCAGAACAUGAAUUUCUUUUUAAAAGCCGAAGUGCAAAAAUUGCAAGCUCUGACAAAUGAACAGGCUGCUGCUGCACAUGAACUAGAAAAGAUGCAAAAAAGUAUUCAUGUUAAGGAUGAUCAGAUAAGAUCACUUGAAGAACAGUUACAAAAUGAACUUACACAUAAAAUGGAAGAAUUUAAGAUUCUAAAGGAUCAAAACAAAGCUUUACAGAUAGAAGUUCAAAAAUUACAGGCUAUUGUAGCUGAACAGGCUAAUAAAGAUGUUGUGGAACAAAUGGAAAGAAGUAUUCAAGAAAAGGAUGAGAAAUUAAAGACUGUAGAAGAACUACUUGAAACUGGUCUUAUACAAGUGGCUAAUAAAGAGGAAGAAUUAAAGGUAUUAAGAACAGAAAAUUCAUCCUUGAAAAAUGAAGUUCAGAAUUUAAAGGCUCAACAGACGUCUCAGGUAUCUUUUACAGCCAUAGUUGAAGAUCUUCAGAACAUAAUCCAUGAAAAAGAUGGAAAGAUUAAGUCUGCGGAACAGCUCAUGGAAGCUGAACUUCUUAAAGUUGCUAACAAGGAGAAAACUGUUCAGGCUUUGAAACAGGAAAUAGAGGCUCUGAAAGAAGAAGUAGGAAAUAUCCAGCUUGAAAAGGCUCAACAGGUAUUAGUUGCUUCUCAAAUUCAAGAACUUCAAAAUUUAUUGAAAGGGAAAGAAGAACAGGAGAAUACCAUGAAAGCUGUAUUAGAAGAGAAAGAAAAAGAUCUUGUUAACCAAGGAAAUUUGUUACAGGACCUUCAAGAUGAAAAUGCAGCUUUAAAGGCACAUGUUCAGGAAAUAACACAAGAGAAAUUACAGCAGGCAUCUUCUGAAUCACAAAUUCAGGAACUUGAGAAUAUCUUAAAGGCAAAGGAGGAUCAAAUGAAGUUAAUGGAAACUAUUUUAAAAGAAAAAGAGAGAGAUCUUUGUUGCAAAGGGAAACUACUACAGGAUGUGCAAGAUGAAAAUAAACUGUUUAAAUCUCAACUUGAGGUACUUCAACAGCAGAACUACCAACAGAUAUCUUCUGUACCCCCACAUGAAGAAUUGUUACAAAUGAUUUCAGCAAAAGAAAAAGAAGUUACUGGUCUUCAUGGUGAGCUAGAUGCCCUGAAAAAUGCAGUUGAACAACAAAGAAAGAAAAAUAAUGACCUUCGGGAGAAAAACUGGAAAGCAAUGGAAGCAUUGGCAUCAACUGAAAAAAUGCUGCAGGACAAAGUGAACAAGACUGCCAAGGAGAGACAACAACAAUUGGAAACUGUUGAGACCCAAGCUAAAGAAAUUCUGAAAAAAUUGUUUCCUGGAGUUUCUGUUCCUUCUAAUUUGAAUUUUAGUGAAUGGUUACACAGAUUUGAAAAGAAGGCAAAAGAAAAUGCAACUGUACCUUUCAUUUCAGAAGAUGUCAAGGUUCUACAACAAAAGUUGAAAGAAGCUGAUGAUAUGCACGCAAUGUUACAGCUAGAAUGUGAAAAGUACAAGUCUGUUCUUGCAGAAACAGAGGGGAUUUUACAGAGAUUACAGCAAAGUGUGGAGCAAGAAGAAAACAAAUGGAAAAUUAAAGUUGAAGAAUCACAGAAAGCUACUAGACAGAUACAUUUUUCAUUAAGUUCUUUGGAACAAGAGGCAGAGAGAUUAAGAGGAGAAAAUAAAGAACUUGAAACUCUGAGAAGAGAGAGAGAACAUUUGGAAAGUGAACUAGAGAAGGCAGAAAUAGAACGAUCUACUUAUGUUUCAGAAGUUAGAGAGCUGAAAGAUCUGUUGACUGAAUUGCAGAAAAAACUUGAUGAUUCAUAUUCUGAAGCAGUAAGACAGAAUGAAGAGCUAGAUUUGCUGAAAACACAAUUAAAUGAAACACGUACAAAACUUAAAAUGGAACAAAGUGAAAGACUGAAAGUAGCCGGUGACCUGCAUAAGGCUCAGCAAUCAUUGGAUCUUAUUCAAUCAGAAAUAGUAAAAGCUGCUGGAGAUACCAGUAUUAUUGAAAAUAGUGAUGUUUCUUCUGAAGUGGAGUCUUCUGAGAAAGAGACAAUAUCUGUUAGUUUAAACCAGACUGUAGCACAAUUACAGCAGCUACUCCAAGCAGUAAACCAACAGCUCACAAAGGAAUAAGAAAACUUUCAAAUUGUAGAGUGACGUCACUGGGAAACAAACUGUUCUUUUGAGGAUGGCAGAAGGCAUUGUAUUAUAUUUUGCCAAAUUAAAGCCUUAUUUAUGUUUUCACCCUUUCUACUUUGUCAGAAACACUGAACAGCGUUUUGUCUUUUCUAAUUCUUGUUAGACUACUGAUUUAAAGAGAGAAAUAAAAACCUCAACUCUGUAGACACCUUCAGAGUUUAGUUUUAUAAUAAAAAUUGUUUGGAUAAUUAGACCUUUACAUUCCUGAAGAUAAACAUGUAAUCUUUUAUCUUAUUUUGCUUAAUAAAAUUUCAAAAGAUUACAAAGCUCUAAAACGCUAACAUUUUAAUACUGAUGUUAUACACUGUUUUACUUAACAUUUUGGGGAGUAGCAGCCUCUGACUUCAACCUCAAGUAAACACUUUUUUUGUUGUUGCUCAUGUUAAUCAGUUUUUGUACAGGUGUCAGCAAAUAAAGGGAUGCUUAUUAUUCAAA